AUGACUCCUAACGAAAGUUCCGAGGCCACUCCGCUUCUUGAUCCUCCAUACGAUAUUGUCAGCUUUUGGUGUGGUGAUAAAGAUAAAACCGAAAUGACUGUGAUGUGCUACGAUAGGCGCUUCGAUAUUUUGGCCCUAGCAGAAAACAUGGAGGGGUGUCCAGCAAUCAAACGUGAAUUCUUUGGUUUGAUAAAGGACCUCUUGUCUAUGGAUAACGAUGACUUCCAGUUUAUACCUGGCCAACCAGACCCAAUGGAGGAGAUGUGCUACUGGAUGGCAAAGGCUUGUUUUGCACACUUCCGUACCCUGGCACCUCGUCCAACUGAGCCGCGGAUAAUAACCUUAGAGGAAUAUUACACAACACCAGCAAUUCAUUUGACCAUAACAGUCAAUGAUGGCAAAUUAACUGCAAUCCAAUCCUCACACAAACCGGAUGACCUUAUGCCUCGAACCCGCCUUUCGUCAUUGUAUACUGCUAUGACUGCUAGCGUCCCUCUACUCGAGCCUUCGAAGGUGAAAUUACCCUGGGAUUCGAAAAACGAAAGACCAUUACGACCUUCAAGAGUGCUUGUGGGUAAUGAGGGAAAGGAGCAAUUUUUCAAACCAGCUUAUCGAGAGCUAUUAAAACAUACCGAACGCGAAAUCAAGACACUGCUCCACCUACAUCAGUUAGGAAUAAACAACAAAAUUCGAGUACCUAAAAUUCAUGGUCUUGUUUCAUCUGGAAAUAAGAGCAACAUGGAAAUUUGUGGCAUUCUAAUCACCUAUAUCAAGUUUCGCUGUACAUUGGCUUCCCGAGAUGAAAUCCGAAAGGCAGCACCAUAUCUUCGAGAAACAUGGAUUCAUCAGUUGAAAGAGAUGAUCAAUGAGCUCCACAAAGCUGGAAUUAUCUGGGGAGAUGUUAAACCAGGAAAUGUCCUCAUUGACAUGGAAAACAACCUGUGGAUUAUAGAUUUUGGGGGAUCUUACACGCCCGGCUGGGUUGAUGAGAAGUUGAUGGAAACAGUGGAAGGGGAUUUGCAAGGGCUGUCGAAGAUCAUAAAUUUUAUUAAUGGCAGGGAGGUAGAGACUAAGUAA